AUGAAUGAGCAUGACGUCGCUGCGGAGACGAUCAUUGCUCGACAAAAGGCCAAAGAAUUGGCGAAGAAGUUCAUUCCAGGUUGGUUGGGACCAAUUUCUUCUAAUGAACUCUGAGGAAUCAUCUCAGACGCCGGAGAGUUGUGCUGCGUUUGUGGAGACGUCGCUUCAGGAAUCCAUUACUCAGUCCCUGCUUGCAAUGGCUGCAAGACUUUCUUCCGAAGAGUUGUUCUUGAGGUUUUUUUUCUUCAUUUUUGUGAUUUGAAAAAGAAAAAGAGAAAUACGGAUUGUACGCGCCUCUCCUCUGUCGAUCGUGAAAUCUUCAAGACAGGCGUGUUUUUAAAUAGAUGAGAUUGAGCAGAUUUCAAUUGAAUACCCUGUAAGAAUUAAAAAAAUUGAUUGGCGGUUUGAAAAAAAUCUUUUCUGAAUUAAAUUGCAUUUUAGUCAUUUUCCUUUAGUUUUUCGGAAAAAUUUGAACUCUUUUUGGAAAAAUGAAUCUAAAUGAGAUACGAUCAAUGAGUUUAUCGAGGUAAAACAAUAACCAUAGUUUCAAAUUUUUUUGAUUUCCCUUCUAGAGCUAUAAUGAAAAUUAUUGCGUCAUUGAGCUUCAUUUCAUUCCUUUUACCUUUUCACUCAGUGUUCUUCCAAAAUUUGGGGGAAGAGGAACAAUCGUCAUUAACUAUCUUUCAUACAAAUCUAUAAGAAAAAGAUACAAAGAUUUUUUUAAUUUAUAACUUUUUGCAUGGAGCUGAAUCUUUUAUUUUGAAAUCAUGAUUACUGUUAUUUUUUUCACAUUUUUUUCGCAAAAUUUCAAUUUUAAAAAAAGUGCAGCAUCAGAAAAUUUCAAGGAAAGCGAGCUCCAUAAAAAAAGAAAAAUAGACUUGUGACUAAACUAAUAUUUUUUUUGGGAGUUUUAUGACGAAACUGAAUAAGAAAUCGGUUUCAGAACCGGACCUACUCCUGCAAGAACAACGGCGACUGCAUCAUCGACAAGUCCAUGCGGUGUUCCUGUCGAUACUGCCGAUAUAAGAAAUGUAUCGUCGUCGGCAUGGACAGAGCAGGUGGCGACUUAGUUCCUCUCCCAUGGCACAAUAUAUAAUUACGCGGAGCUUAGUCAAAUGAACUUUAUAAACCUUCUAGAUUACGCUAGCAACUUAGCGUCGCUUUUCAAGAAAAAAGAAUCAUCGCGGACAGAGGAAAGUCGAAUUUUUCAAUCUAAUUCUUCAGAAAAAAAGUGAUCGCCAAUAGCUUUUUCGAUUCUUACAAAACUCUUGUUUUUUUAGUUAUGAAAGUUGAUAUUUUUUUGAUAAUUCAAAUGAAGUUUGACAGACGAACUGAGAAUAUUCUCUAAUCAAAUAAAAAUAGGAAGGCAAAUUUUUUUAGUUUUCGAAGUUUUUUUAAAAAUCUGCGCAGAAGUCGACUUUAAAAGAAAAACUUUCUCAUAGAGAAAUCUAAAAAAAUUGAAAAAAAUCAAAUCGAAAUAAAAAAACGUACCCGAAAAAAAUAUCAAAUCUGAAAAAAAUUUUUUUAAUUUUUGCUUCAAAGUCUUUUUUUGAUUUUUUUUGCUCUUUCAUGUAUCUCAGAAGUUUUCAUUCAUGUUUCUUUCAAUUCAAAAAAAAUCGAACUUCUUCUAUUUGAAACUAGCCAACGAACCAAAAAAUUCAGACUCUAGACAGAUCUGACUGAACUCCAAAAUAUGUUAUCAACAAACAAUUAACGUAUUUCCAGAACUCAGCAUGGAACGAAGGCGGAAGCGGAAAGCAGCCAACGGCGGUCCAGACGACGAUAUCCACGAAAUUGUUGUCAAGGACCCUUUAAUAGAGUUGUUACUCGACAAGGAAAAUAGGCAAGCUCGAGAAUAAUGAGCAAUCCAAAAUGAAGGAUUUAAGGUACCAAACAUUAUUAGUUUCUUCUGAAAUGCCCAUACACACGACGUUACACGAAGCCUUGCACAAUGGCUACAUUGCUUUUGAACACGCCUACACAAAGGUUUCAAGAUCAAUGAAAACUUCAAAUGGUUGGAAAUUUCAGUAUCAUAAGCGGAUGGAUCCGAAAUUCCCUACAAACUUUUCCUUCUGGCGAGCGAAAAUAUUGAGCGUUUUGGCUGAAUGGGCCAAAUCUUUUGAGGUGAAGCUAUACGUAAAUUCCGAAGACCAGUUUUUUUUAGGUUUUUUCCCGGCUAGACCGAGACGAUCAGAAGCGGUUAUUCAUUCACACGGCUUUUUCCAACCUUGUCCUGGCUGAAGCUUUUCAUACCCCUGAAAAGUAUAACGAUCGCGUAGUUUUUCCAGACGGUCUCUGCGGGUUCGUUGGCUUCAUCAUUAAAAUCUGAGAAUGGGAACUUUUAGGUUUCGAAACGUGGCGCAGACAGUCUCUUCUGACGGAGUUUCCAGUAAAACCUUCGGCCUGACGCCGACUGUUGUGGCCGUGAUAAACGACGUCUUGGUGCCUAUCCGAAGGAUGAGACUGACUCGGAUCGAAUACGUUCUGUUGCAAGCGAUUAUUUUUUAUGAUCCUGGUGGGUUUCACAAAUUUCUUCAGCAUUUUGACACGUUCAUUAAAAAAAAAUAGCAAAGGUACAAGCUCAAUGAAGAAUCGACUGUUUUAUUAGUUUUUUCAGAGAAUUAUUCUUAAGAACAGGAAAAAGUGCUUGGGAACGUUUCGACAUCAGCGAGUAGUUUUUUGAUGAAGCUAAUAAAAAACUUGAAGGCCUCAUGUUGCAUUUCUUCCAUAAUUCAACAAAAAAGAUGUGAAGUUUCCUCUCAAAAGCAAAAAAAAAAAAUCGAAGUUGAUUAAUUAAAAAUAUCGAUAAUUUUUAUUUCCUGAUUUACUAGGAUAUUUAAAAAUUGAAAUUCAGACUUUGGAUUAGUCAGGGUCGACCAAUCAGAUGCACUCAGAAUUCUUGAUUUUGAAGCUCGGCUAUGAUUCAGUUCCUUUCAACAAAGGGAAAAAAAUUAUUUAAAGACGAACAGUUUUUGCGAUUUCAGUUUUGAUAGAAUUUGUUGAGAAUUCACAAGAUAUCUUAAAAAGAAAAUGGUAGAUAAAUUGGAAAACAAUUGGAAGUUUCUAAGUAUGACUAAUUAAAACAAUUAACAAUACAUUUAAAAAAAUGUUUCAAGCGCACCAUUCAAAUAUAGUACAGUGUUUUUGAAUAUUCAGACUGCCUCUCGUUAACCAACCACGCAACACAACUGAUAGCAGCAAAACGAAGAAGACUUCUGGAUUCUCUGAGAAAACAUUUGAAUCAGCAGCUACGGGAUACAGUAGAAGCCGCUACAAGAUUCGCGGAAAUACUUCUCAGGAUAUGUAAUGUACAGGUUGGUCCUGUCUUUGCCUUUCCGAAAUAGAUCUUUUUUAAAUUAUAGAAAGUCGCAGCUUUCAAACGAGAGACCUUGUGCACGAUCGAGACGUUUGAAUUGAUGCAGCCUCAUCCUUUCACACUGGAAAUUUCUCGAAGCUAUCCUGAUUUUUCUUAUUUCUAA